AUGCUUCCGCCGAUGCGAAACUCUCACAAUCUGUCAAUUGCGGAGAAUGAUAGUGAUGAUGUUAUCGAUGCUGUACAGAUUCGUCGGCCGUAUGCCCUCUCUAAGAUGGCUCCGGAUCCCUGGGAGAGGGCUUAUGUUCUUGCAAAAGAGAAACUGACGCCAAGGGAGCGGGAGUUAUUGGAUUCUGGUUCUCCUGCCGAUUCCGUUUAUUCGGUGUUGAAGGAUGCAAAGGAUGCCAGGAAUGAUCGGAAUAGCAAAAAAUGGCGGUACACAAAGGACGGUGGCGAGGUUGUCAUCGUACGUGACAAAUUCGACAGAAUUGUGAAGGGCUUGGACAAGUAUGCGACUACCGUCGAUAUGGUCGCCAGUAAGCAACCCGAUAAUAUAGUUUCCAUUUGCUGGGGUAGUGCCCGGUUUCUUCUCCAGGUUUAUCUCAAUCAUAUCGAGAACCUGCAGAGCCUGGAGGCUGCUCUCGAAACCAUCAUCGCAACAAUGGCAAGAUGCCAAUUCUACGAGAGAAUUGACGCGCAGUCUUUGAAGACGACCCUACCAUCCCAGAACGCGACAUUGGCACUCGCCAGCAGUUUAGAAGCGGCAUUGCCAGAAUUUUACAGUUCGGUUUUGGUUUUCGCCGUGAAGGCGAAGGCGUACCUUGCACCAUCAUCGAAACUUGCGAAGGUAUCUAACGCAUUGAGAAUAUUUUCCGACUACCUCCAUCCUCUCAUCAGCGAGGUCGAGCAGAAAGAAGCCUUAGUGAAAGAAGGCGCCAACAUGGCCACCAUGGAGAAAAUAAAGGGGCAAUCCAGAGUCCUCCAGAACUUAGAAGAUCUGACGAACGAAUUGAGCACAUUGUUUUCCAGCACCGUGCAAGAUAUCAAGGGGAUGCAGCAAGUGCUCAACUGGCUUAACGCUACAGAUCUAGAAGUGCUGUACGAAGUGAACCGAACCAACUGGUUGGCCGGAACUUGCGACUGGAUUUUUCUGGAAGCAGAGUACCAGAAAUGGAUACGCGCCGAGGGCCAACAACACCUAUGGGUGGUGGGAAUACCAGGCGCCGGAAAGUCGAUACUUUUCGCGAGACUCGUUGAAGGCUUGCUGAAGCUGGAGGGAGUAGUGGUUUUGUACUUUUUCUUCCGAAACGGUGCCAUCAACACUACCGCGCCGCUGGAGAUGACUGCUAGUAUCAUCUCUCAGCUCAUCAACUUCGCUGGUCCUACGGAUCGUGCGAGGCUUCUCGGAAUUCUGAAACAGGUUGUUCAUCGUGGAGCCCCAUUUGCAGAUCGAGGCAGGAACUUCAAAAACAUGUGGAGAGCGUUCGGGGACAUGCUCCGAGGACAUUCAUCCAGGGUGCUUGUCCUUUUGGAUGCGCUGGAUGAAUGUAGCCAUCCUCCUAGCGUAUCCGGGGGUAUGUUGCAAGCCGAGACCGGUGCUCGAUUCCUAGUUACUGGACGCCCAGUCGUUAACCAUUUGCUCGACGAUAAGCCCGGUGUCUCCACCAUCAAAAUGCAAGUUGGCGAUGAUAUCCGCAAGUUCAUUACCGAAAAGGUAGUAAAGAUCAAGGGCUUGGAGCACCAUGCAGAGGACAUCAUUCAUACGGUGAAUGAAAAUUCCGCUGGAAUGUUCCGUUUGCUGCCCUCGUGCUAGAAGAGCUACGCCAACCUUCGAGGAAAAGGAUUUCAGAACGUCUUAGGACGAUGCCGAAGGGGAUAAUUGGGAUGUACGAAUUGAUCCUUCAACGUCUCGGUCACAGGAAAGAGGAAAAGUGUCUCCGAAAGCAAAGGCGAGAAUUUGACUGGCAGCCCUGUCGGAGUUUGGGAUUAUUUCUCCUCGAAGGAUGUUGUGAAGGAUGGCGGGAACAAAUGAGGGUUUCACAGAGAGAGAUCUCCUAACGGUCGCCGGUCUUCAAUUUUUGCUUUGUAGUUACCAACACGAUGAUUCCGAUGAAUGAAGACUCGAUGCAAUAGGUAA